GCUUUUGAGUUUUUGUUAGAAUCAGUAAAUAUGGAAGUUCGAAGUUGAGAAGUCUUAGGAUUUAAGAUCCUAUUAUACUAUUACUGAAAACUUAUUAUUAAAGCUUCAUUAAAUUCUGUUUUUAUCAAUAUAAAAGAUAUAUUACCUCAAAUUCAUAUGUCCUUUGACUUGAAGGAAAAUCUUAGAUAGUCUAUAAAUAUGGAAGGUGAACAAUUUUCGUUAUGUUGGAAUAACUUCCACCAUAAUUUAAGCUCAGGAUUUCAUGCUCUCUAUAAAGAAGAGGAUUUAGUGGAUGUUACCCUAGCAGCUGAAGGCAAAUACAUCAAAGCUCACAAAACUGUAUUAUCAGUUUGUAGUCCUUAUUUCAAAGAACUUUUUAGAAUAAAUCCUUGUAAGCAUCCCAUUGUUAUUCUACAGGAUGUAAAUUAUACUGCUUUAUGCAGUUUGCUACAGUUCAUGUAUCAGGGCCAAGUUAGUGUUGGUCAAGAAGAGAUUCCAACCUUCAUGAGGGUGGCUGAGACUCUCAGAGUGAAAGGUCUUACAGAUAAUGGUUCCCCUAAUUUAGAUACGAAUGGAAUGAAUAGCUUCUCUGACCAAAAAAAUAUGAUGAAGAAACCUAUGAAGCCUGUGAAGAAAGUUAUUCGACCGAUUCAGCCUUUACAGAGACCAAAUAGUAGCCCAAUACAGAGAGCUGUCAAAUCUCCUUUGCCAUCUUCUUCUACCCCUCCAGCCAAAAAAAUGCAUUUGGAAGAACAAUUAGUACAGAAACCAUUUGAACAAUUAACACAGAAGCCUCUUCAACAAAUUCAAAAAUCUAUUCCUAAUACCCAACAACCUUUACAGCAUUCCCAAGUACAGAAUUCCUCACGCCAUAUUGAGCCUCUUCUAAAACCAAAAAUGGAACCUAUAGAUCAUCCUGAUGAUGAUGAUAGUACUCAACAAUCAUUUGAUGAAGAACCUUUUGACAUGAAUGCAUUGAUGGCCCAGUCACUGGAAACAGGAGAUCAUUCUAUGGAAUCAAUGCCUCCUGGUUGGAUUUCUGAUAAUGCCAAUCCCCCAGAUACAUCUAGUCCAGGCACCAUUCAGUGUAUCCUGGGAAGAAGAGGCAAUCCAAGAUUAAUUGUAGACGGCCAUGUUUUCUACAAAAAAAGUACAUACAAAGGGAAGGCAUUCUGGUAUUGUAAAAACAGUCGAACGCCUGACAAAUGCCAAGCGGUAUGUUGGACUAUGAACGGAAAUAUUGUGAAAUGGCCUUAUAUGCAUACUCAUGCCGUCAUUCCUGACGUUUUCAAUCCUGAAGAGGAUACUGAAGUUCCUAUAGAAAAUUUACAAGAAGUUUUAUGGCAGACCUCUCUAUGAAUUUAGUCAGAAUGUUAAAAUUUGAAGAGACUUUGUAUGUUGAGAAUUGGACUGUUGAUUUUGUUUUUUCGUUUUUGUUGAGGAUAUGACCAAAAUCGAAUUUGUUGUAGAAAUAUUUUUUUAUUUCAAUUUAUUUAUUUGUUUGGGCGUUUCAAUUGUGACAUUGGAAAGGAAUGAAGGUUAUUUCAAUAAAGUUCAUUUACUAAUAUGUAAAUGACAUACCUUUUGAAAGUUUUUAAUGAAUUUGCCUGCAUGAAAUCUUUAUCAUCUGGGAAAUUUUAAUACUUUGAAUUCUAGAGAACUACGAUGUUGAAAAUCUUUAGUAGUUUUCGUUAUUGGAUCUCAAUUUGAUUUUUUUUUAUUUAUUCAUUCAUAGUUCUAUCAGUAAUUAAAAGUAUUUAUAUUUUUCUCUAUAUUAUUGGACAGUGAUGCUAAGUAUAGCCAAAUUAUAAACUUGAAUUUGUAUUAAGUAUUUUUAUGUACUGAUUCUUAUUAAUCUGGUAUCCCGGAUUUAAUUUUACAUCUGAUUUGAAACUCAUGUAAUAUAUUGUUUGCUAUUUCUAUUGAUUGCACUGAUUUUCGAUUCAUUCAGAUCUGUAUAAUAAUACACUUCAGAUUUAUGUAUUUGAAGUAUAAAGUGAGUUUUAUCAAGCAAUUAAGAUCGGAAAUAAAAAGAUUUUACUA